CGCACCUUCACCGGGUGGAGCCUGUGAGCGUGGGAAGGUCUGUGUCCGCGGCUGGAGUGAAGAGCGUUUGACAGGGAGGAGAGACGAGCUGUGCACGGGAAUAGAGAAGUUAGUUUAACCCUAUAGAGAUCCCGUGUCAACGGAGAGGCACAACAUAGCACGACAAAUGAUUAGUGCGGUGCGAGACUCAGCAACAGGGCGCAGAGGAAAAUGUCAGGGACUGUCUCAGCUUUGAGGAGAGGAAAGCGCGACUAGUCACCGCAACGCGGAAAAUCUUCAGAGGAAGAGAAUGCGAAUGGUGCGAAGAUACCGAAAUCAACAAAAAUGGAAACGAUGUAGCACGGAUGCGGCACUUCGUGUAGCUAGAACUAACGCUAGAGUAGAAAAGAGAUAGCCAAGGCGCUAGCACGGUAACUAACAUACAUGUAAAGUUAUUUCCUAGGCAGGCUGGAGCAGAGGCUCGGGGCGUCUGUUGACACGGAAGAGUUAAUCUGUAGAGCGAUCCGAAGAAGAUAGUCGAAAAGAUGCUCCGGAGAAGGCUGAACCGUCUGCUUGGAGGGGAUGAAAGAAGAGUGGACAGCAGGACUGUUUAUGUGGGUCAUCACUCAAGUCCAGACAGUGAGGGGUUCAUCCCGCCAAAGUUCUGUGACAACAGAAUAGUGUCCUCCAAGUAUACAGUGUGGAACUUUCUACCAAAGAAUCUUUUUGAACAAUUCAGAAGAAUCGCCAAUUUCUACUUUCUUAUCAUCUUUCUGGUUCAGGUGAUAGUGGACACACCCACCAGCCCAGUCACCAGUGGCCUACCUUUAUUUUUUGUCAUAACAGUUACUGCUAUAAAGCAGGGGUAUGAAGACUGGCUUCGACACAAGGCUGAUAAUGAAGUUAAUAAGUACCUUGUAACUGUUCUACAAGAUGGUCAAAGAAUACGGACAGAGAGUGAAAAGAUCAAGGUGGGAGAUGUGGUAGAGGUGGAGGAAGAUGAGACCUUUCCCUGUGAUCUGAUUCUGCUUCAGUCCAGCCGUGAUGAUGACACAUGCUUUGUUACCACUGCAAGUCUGGAUGGAGAGUCCAAUCAUAAAACACACUACACAGUGCCAGACACUGAGAAGGAUCUGGAAUCUCUCAGCGCCACAAUCGAGUGUGAACAGCCUCAGCCUGACCUUUACAAAUUUGUUGGCCGCAUGCAUAUUUAUAAAAACAAUCAAGAGCCUAUAGUGAGGUCACUGGGUCCAGAAAAUCUAUUGCUGAAAGGUGCAACUUUAAAGAAUACUCAGAAAAUCUGUGGUGUAGCAGUUUACACUGGUAUGGAAACAAAAAUGGCUCUCAACUAUCAAGGAAAAUCUCAAAAGCGUUCUGUUGUGGAGAAGUCUAUCAAUGCCUUCCUUUUGGUUUACCUCUGUAUAUUGGUGAGCAAAGCUCUUGUCUGCACAACACUCAAGUAUGUGUGGCAGGGCAAGCCUGGACAGGAUGAGCCCUGGUACAAUGAGAAAACCCAAAGAGAGAAGGACACCAAUCUGUACCUGAAAAUGUUCACUGACUUCCUGUCCUUCAUGGUGCUCUUCAACUUCAUUAUCCCUGUGUCUAUGUAUGUGACGGUGGAGAUGCAGAAGUUUCUGGGAUCUUUUUUCAUUACAUGGGACAAAGAUUUCUUUGACAGUGAAAUAAAAGAAGGAGCACUGGUUAAUACAUCAGACCUCAAUGAGGAGCUUGGACAGGUGGAGUAUGUCUUCACAGACAAGACUGGUACCCUUACUCAAAAUAAUAUGGAGUUCAUAGAGUGCUGCAUAGAUGGCUUUCAGUAUAAGCAUCGUGAUGCAAGUUCAGAGCUGGAUGGCUUCUGUGUCACAGACGGACCUGUGAGCAUACUACAGCAGAAAGCUGGCAGGGAGAAGGAAGAGUUGUUUCUGCGUGCGCUCUGCCUGUGUCACACAGUUCAGGUGAAAGAGUCCACAGAGCCAUGUCCCGAUCAGGUGGAUGGUCUGAAUAACCAGGUGGACUGUUUAGGAAUAGAUGGAGACACUUUGGGAAUAGAUGGAGAGCUGUCGCACACUCAGGAGCAGAGAGGCUUUAUCGCCUCCUCUCCUGAUGAGAUCGCGCUGGUGAAGGGGGCCAUGAGAUAUGGCUUUACAUUUCUGGGUCUAGAGAGCAAAACAAUGAAAAUACUAAAUAGGAACAAUGAUGUAGAAAGAUAUGAACUGCUUCACGUGUUGAACUUUGACCCAGUGAGGAGACGGAUGAGUGUAAUAGUUCGAUCAUCAUCAGGUGACACACUGCUUUUCUGCAAAGGAGCAGACUCUUCCAUUUUUCCUCGUGUCAGACAGGAGGAAGUUGAGAGGAUACGCCUGCAUGUGGAGCGUAAUGCUACAGAGGGAUACCGCACCCUUUGUGUCGCCUACAAGCUCCUGAGUGAAGGAGAGUACGCUCAGGCAGAUGCAGGACUGAGAGAAGCCAGGUUAGCCCUGCAGGACAGAGAGGAGAAGCUCAUGGCUGUGUACAACCAGGUGGAGACAGGGAUGAGUCUCAUAGGAGCCACUGCUGUUGAAGACCGCCUACAAGAGGAAGCAGCAGAAACAAUGGAGGCUCUGCAGGGUGCGGGCAUGAAAGUUUGGGUCUUAACGGGAGACAAAAUGGAGACAGCCAAGUCCACCUGUUAUGCAUGCCGCCUGUUUCAGAAGAACACAGAGCUCUUGGAGCUUACAGUGCGAACGCUGGAUGAUGAAGUUAGAAGACGUGAGGAGAAACUUCACGAGCUGCUGCUAGAAUACCAUAAGAAAGCUGUUCAAGAUGCACCACCAGCCAAAGCAGGCAUCACCAGGAGCUGGUCUUCUGCUAGCCAAGACUAUGGUUUUAUUGUUGAUGGGGCAUCUUUAUCAAUGAUUCUGAACUCUUCCCCUGACUCUAGCAACAGUCGCUACAAGAACCUAUUUCUGCAAAUUUGCCAAAACUGUACAGCUGUGCUUUGCUGCCGUAUGGCUCCUUUACAGAAAGCACAGAUUGUGAAGAUGGUGAAAAACUCCAAGGGGAGCCCAAUUACACUCUCCAUUGGUGAUGGUGCAAAUGACGUCAGCAUGAUUUUGGAGGCCCACGUCGGCAUUGGCAUUAAGGGAAAAGAGGGCCGACAGGCUGUGAGAAACAGUGACUAUGCCAUUCCCAAAUUAAAGCACCUUAAAAAGCUUCUUCUUGCUCAUGGUCAUCUUUAUUAUGUUCGCAUUGCUCAUUUGGUGCAGUACUUUUUUUACAAGAACCUUUGUUUCAUCUUACCUCAGUUUUUGUACCAGUUUUUCUGUGGCUAUUCACAGCAGCCCUUGUAUGAUGCAGCCUAUUUGACGAUGUACAACAUAUGCUUCACUUCUAUGCCCAUCCUGGCCUACAGCCUGUUAGAGCAACACAUCUGCAUUGAGGUUCUCUUGGACAAUGCUACCCUCUACAGAGAGAUUGCCAAAAAUGCCAUGUUGCGUUGGAGGCCCUUCCUAUACUGGACAGUUCUUGGACUGUUUCAUGGGCUUCUCUUCUUCUUUGGUGUUUGGUAUUUGUUUUAUAAUCCAGCAUUGCAGGACAAUGGGCAGGUUUUUGGGAACUGGUCCUAUGGGACUAUUGUUUUCACUGUGCUUGUUUUCACAGUUACACUCAAGCUUGCGCUGGACACCCGACAUUGGACAUGGAUCAACCAUUUUGUCAUUUGGGGCUCCUUGGCAUUCUAUGUGUUUUUUAGCUUCUUCUGGGGAGGGAUUAUAUGGCCCUUCCUGAGUCAGCAGCGCCUGUACUUCGUGUUUGCAAACAUGUUAAGUUCAGUCUCGGCCUGGCUGGUCAUCAUUCUGCUGAUCCUGCUCAGCCUUCUGCCUGAGAUCCUUCUGGUAGUUUUCCGGAGACCCCGCGGACCCCACUCACGACAGAAAGAACUGGUUGAUUCCAGAGUGGGGGGGCUGCAGUCUCCCCGGUCCUCGGCCCGGCCCCUGCUCAUGAGAACCUUUUCAGAUGAGUCCAGUACUGUCAUUUAAACAGCCUUCAGAAAGUGGCCUCCUACAGACAUCCAGAUUGCACCUGUCACGCCACUCUCCUACAAGUGUCUGAAAGAAGGCGAGUGAACUCUCAUCAGGAAAAGCAAAAGCCUCUAAGCACUUGGCCACAGUGGCCUGCUGGAGGAAACGACAGUCCCAAUAGAAAAACACCAGACUUUCCCACAUCAGGGGAAAAAUGAAAAUGGCAACUGAAGUCAUUUUGACAAGCUCCUGUUGCCACUGUUUUUGUCCGUCCUCUUUUUAUUAAAGCAUGCCCUGGACUUCUAAAAGGCUAUGAGAUAAUGGGCAUGACAUUUUUUUUAUUCUAUUUAAUUGUAUUCAAGCAACACUCUGAAUGCAAACACGACUGCCUUGAUAGUUUUAACUGCUCUUAGUUAGCAAAUGGUUGUAAAAUGUCCUCCAGAAUGGUUCACAUGCAUGGAUGAUGGCCCAAAAGAACUACUCCUCAAUGAUGCUCCGGCACCAAAUUGUUUUAGAUUUAAUGUUUGUUUUAAUGUCUGCGUAGGAGACUGUUAAACCUUUGUUUUCUAAGUUACUGUUCAGUUAUAGAUGUGAUUAUAUUUGCCUAAUCUACAACAAUUUGUUUGGCAUUAGUACAUAUCUUUGCUUGCUUUACUUUGUCAUUCUCAGAGGAUUUAAAGUUAAGUUAUAUGUGCUAUAGAACAUAUAUUUAUUUAUAAGUUGUUUAAUUUAAUAAGCUCAAGGCCAAAUAUAAAUAUAUUACACCAGGCACCAGUGCAGACACUGUCAGUUCAACUGUAUUGUUUUACAUUUGCUGUUUAAUUAAAAGUAAAGGAAACCAGGAUAACUUGAACCUGAAAUGGUUUCUGCACUAUUCAAGAAAAUGGUUUCCUUCAUUGCUUGAUUUGCCACAAAGUUGUUGGCCUGAGCACUUCACACGUGUCAUUGCAGUGAGUACCACAGAUCUAUUUAAACAAAUGCACUAAGUCAAAUGAGGUAUUAUUAUUCUGUUCAUGUUGUUCACCUAAGCAGGGUUUACCUGCAGUAAAUGAAGCCAGUGUGAGGCUUUUAUUCCAGACUGUAGUAUCAGGCCUGUGUGUCAUCAUUAUAUUAUGUGUACUGCUUUAAACAUUCCAUUUACAUGUGCCAUAAUUUCAAAUAUUUACAGAUGUUUAUUUAAUAAACAUUUUAUUAUUUGACAUAA